AUGUGGGCGGCGCUGCGAGUGCGCGGGCAGCCGCAGCGCUCGAGGGCGGCACACGAGACGUGCAGCGUGGCGGCGUUCCUUGGCAGCGGCGGCCACACGGCCGAGCUCAUCGCCAUGCUCUCCGCACUCCCGCCUGAGCGCUACACGCCGCGCACCUACUUCAUCUCGGCAGGCGACAUGCACUCGCGCGGCAAGGCCGCAGCACUCGAGACGCGGCUCGGCGGUAGCGCACACGUCGUGACGCUGCCUCGCGCGCGGGCCGUCAAGCAGAGCUUCCUCUCGGCGCCGGCGAGUACGGUGGUGGCGCUAGCGGGCUGCAUGCAGGCCAUAGUGCUGCCGCAGCUGUGCGCGGGGAGAAGGCGCGUGGGGCCGGAGAUGCUGCUGAUGAACGGACCGGGGACGUGCGUGCCACUCGUGGCGAGCGUGUACGUGCUAAGGCUUUUCGGCCUACCAUCUCCGCAGCUCGUGUACAUCGAGUCUUGGGCGCGCGUACGCUCGCUCAGCCUCACGGCGCGCCUCGUGCGGCCGUUCGUCGAUCGCUUCGUCGUGCAGUGGCCCGAGGUCGCCGGCCCGCUGCGCGACGGCGAGCAGUGCCGCGGCUGGCUGGUCUAG